AUGGCCACCUCAAAGGCCCCCGCGCCCUUCACUUACCCGUUCGCAACCUCCCCCGACAUAAUCCGCUCCCACCAAAAAGAUGCCUACUUCUCCUCGCUCCUAACCACACACCUCUCCACGCUCCUACGAAAAGCCCGCGGCGCACGCGUCGCCCACACCUACAACACCGAAACACGCGUCGUGGGCGACCUCCUCUAUCUGGCCCUCACCACACUCCUCGGCAACCGCACCUUGGGCGAGGAAUACACAGACAUCGUACAGGUCGAAGCAGAAACUGGGCGAUUACCCGCAUUGGGCCGACGAGCGGGGUAUAUAUUGAGUUUCAUCGUUGUGCCAUAUUUGCUCGGGAGGGGACUACCGGUGUUUAGGCGGAGAGUGAGGGGGAAGUUGGAGAGGGGUGUUGGUGCGUAUGAGAGGGAUUUGGGACGGAAGGAACAAGCGGCAAGAGAGGCGGGCAAGGCGGGACCGGUGAGAAGGCCAUUGGGAAUGCGGUUGCAGAGUUAUCUGUUGAAGAAUCUGGAUACGAUUACAUCGCCAGCGCCCAUUUAUGCCGUUUCACUGGCGACGUUCUACUUCUCGGGGAGUUACUAUCACCUUUCGAAACGGCUGUGGGGGCUACGGUAUAUGUUUACGCGACAGGUGCCUGAGGGGGAUAAUAGAGCUGGGUACGAGGUACUUGGUGUAUUGUUGGUGUUGCAAAUGGGUGUACAGGCAUAUUUGCAUUUGCACAAUACGGUUACUUCGACGCCCGGAGCGGUUCCUCAGGGCACGUCGGCGGUGGUGGGCGGCGGAGCGGAAGUUUCUCUCGACCCAAACGCUUAUACGGCGAAUAAUGCGUUGCUGUUUGAGGCGGCGGCCAGCGCGCCGCAGGCUAGUGCGUCGGCGCUGCAGCAGUGGACACAUACGCCUACCAUGGCUAAGGCGCGGUACGGGCUGGACGACGAGGAUACCAUGGGGUGGAUUGGAGGGGCGAAUAGGAAGUGUACGCUUUGUUUGGAGGAGAUGAAAGAUCCGAGUGUUACGACUUGUGGGCAUGUGUUUUGUUGGACGUGUAUUGGGGAUUGGGCGAGGGAGAAACCGGAGUGUCCGCUUUGUAGGCAGGCGUGUUUAGUGCAGCAUGUUCUGCCGUUGAGGGGGUGA